GAAAUACGGUUUACAAACAGGAAGUGUGGCAUUCCGGCGUCCGUCCCGCUUCCCGGUGCCAUGGAGGCCUACGAGCAGGUCCAGAAGGGACCCCUGAAGCUGAAGGGCGUCGCGGAGCUCGGCGUGACCAAGCGGAAGAAGAAGAAGAAAGACAAAGACAAGGCGAAGCUUCUAGAAGCCAUGGGGACGAGCAAGAAAAACGAGGAGGAGAAGCGGCGCUGCCUGGACAAGCGGACGCCGGCGCAGGCGGCCUUCGAGAAGAUGCAGGAGAAGCGGCAAAUGGAACGGAUCCUGAAGAAGGCAUCGAAGACCCACAAGCAGAGAGUGGAGGACUUCAACAGGCACCUGGACACGCUCACGGAGCACUACGACAUACCCAAAGUCAGCUGGACCAAGUAGCCGCCGGCUGGGCUCGUCCUGUCGGCCGUGCCCAUCCUGUCGGCCGUGCCCCCGUCGCGCCCCCUCAUCCUGGCUCUGCAUUAAAGAUGAGCCUGCGCCUGUGUGAUUAUGGGGUCUGGUCCCACGCGGAGGACGGGACCAAGCCGCUGUAGUUUGGACCGGAACGCGCCCGGUGUGGGGGCAACAGGGGUCUGUUUCCCUUGGGGUGAUCCACCGCGCCCGACGUGACGGGGCCUCCCACGGCACAUGCCCGGCCUUCCGGGCUCCCUGUGGCUCUGCCUCUUCCAGGGCCUUCCAGCUGCUCGCUCUGCCCCAGCCCAGCGAGCCACCUGGGCACCAGGGCCACCACCUGCCCCUCUCUCGGCCCGAGUUCCCCGGCCAGCCCGCUUCCUCCUGCCAGGCCCGACGUCAGUCACCCACCCUCCCCCCGGAGAGCCAGACGCCACAGUGUGCCCUGCGCAGGGAUCAGAGUGGGCCCGGUGGGCAUUCCGUGCCUCGGGACACCCCGGGGAAGGCCCUGGCUGGAGCGGGCAUGCCCUGAGCAGCAUCAGCCACCACAGUGCUGGGCGCGAGCCAGGCCCUGCGAGGUGGCCACCCCGGAAGCCGCACAAUAAAGCAAAGGAGGGCGUU